UCCCGCCCGCUCCGCUGCGGUAGCGGUUCCUGGGGGAGUUGCUGACUGGCACGUUGAUCGCAGACUGACGGCCGCAGCGGGCGGACCCGCGGCAGGACCAGAGGAGUGAGAGCAGCAAGAACCACACUCAGCCACAAUGUCAGCAGAUGUGGAGACCUCAGAGGGGGUAGAUGAUUCAGAGGAGAAAAAGAACUCCAGUGCCUCAGAAAAGGAAAACUACACCAGAAUGGCUGACCUCUCUGAACUCCUGAAGGAAGGGACCAAGGAAGCACAUGACCAAGCAGAAAACACCCAGUUUGUCAAGGACUUCUUGAAAGGCAACAUUAAGAAGGAGAUAUUUAAGCUGGCCACCACGGCACUCUACUUCACAUACUCGGCCCUUGAGGAGGAGAUGGACCACAACAAGGACCACCCAGCCUUCACCCCCUUGUACUUCCCCACAGAACUACACCGCAAGGAGGCGCUGACCAAGGAUAUGGAGUAUUUCUUUGGUGAAAACUGGGAGGAGCAGGUGCAGUGCUCUGAGGCCACCCAAAAGUACGUGGAUCGGAUUCACUACAUAGGGCAGAACAAGCCAGAGCUGCUGGUGGCCCAUGCAUACACUCGAUACAUGGGGGACCUCUCGGGGGGCCAGGUGCUGAAGAAGGUGGCCCAGCGAGCACUGAAACUCCCCAGCACAGGGGAAGGGACCCAGUUCUACCUAUUUGAGAAUGUGGACAAUGCCCAGCAGUUCAAGCAGUUCUACCGGGCCAGGAUGAACGCCCUGGACCUGAACCUCAAGACCAAAGAGCAGAUUGUGGAGGAGGCCAACAAGGCCUUCGAGUACAACAUGCAGAUAUUCAAUGAACUGGACCGGGCUGGCUCUGCACUGGCCAGAGAAACGCUGGAUGUUGGGCUGCCUGUGCACGACGGGAAAGGAGAUGUGCGUAAAUGCCCCUUCUACGCUGCUGCACAGGACAAAGGUGCCCUGGUGGGCAGCAACUGUCCCUUCCGAACACCAAUGGCUGUGCUGAGGAAGCCCAGCCUCCAGUUCAUUCUGGCUGCCAGCGUGGCCCUGGCUGCAGGACUCUUGGCCUGGUACUACAUGUGAAGCACCCAUCCCACCAUGCUGGCGCCCUCUUCCCGAAUGACCACUAGCCCACCCCCAUCUCCACCCCCGACUGAACUACCACCUCAGGUGACAUUUUUUUUAAUGCUGGGUUUGAGAAAAAGCAACCAAUAAAAGCCAGACACUAGA